CCAGACGGACGUUGCGUCGCGUUACGAGCGUUUCGCGUCAAGAUAAAAACUUUUGAAAACGCGCCUCGAGACCCCUGCAUUCUUUUCCGUGGCACUCCGUCUAGCAGCAUUUAAACACAAGAACGCGUGCGCCACCUAAAUGCCUUAUACCGCUGUCUCAGUAAGCAGCUGACUACACAACCUAUAGGUUUUGAGACAGCCCAUAUUCACUCAGUUCAAGAAGGACUUUCCUGAGUUGCAGGUAGAUCUGUCUGAAGGCAGGGGGGAAAUGAUGUAACGUUUACAGUAAAAUUAGGAUUUUUGGGGGGGAGAAACUUCUGAGAAAACUUCUACAGGAGACAGAAAUUGGUUCAUAUCCAGUUCGGCUAAGGGAGGAAAAUGGAUCGUGUUUCGUAAAGGCUUUACUGGCUCCGAACAGGUGUGUCGACGAAUAAAGGAAAGAUGGGGAGCUGUUGGAGAUGGUGCUAUACGACGUGCACCUGUUGCUUGUCUGAAGAGGAGAAAAACGCCAUAGUAAUACACAAUGAAAUCAAAAGAAUCCUCGCAGACCAGAAGAAAAGAGAACGGAAAGAAAUCAAAGUACUUUUAUUAGGCACUGGAGAAAGCGGGAAGACGACUUUUAUUAAGCAGAUGAGGAUUAUUCAUGGCAAGGGCUUUUCGGAAGAAGACAGGCGUGGCUACACUAAAAUGGUUUUCCAGAAUAUCUUCACAGCUAUGAAGGCUCUGACAGUGGCGAUGAACACCUUAAAGAUUCCCUACGCUAACCCACAGAACGAGGUAUAUGGGCAACAGUUUCAGGAAGUGGAAAUACGUCAGAUAACACAUUUGGACAGAAUGUAUGUGGAGGGUAUCCGUCGACUUUGGGCUGAUGCGGGUAUCAAGGCCUGUUACGGUCGUCGUAGAGAGUACCAGCUUCUGGACUCUACAGAAUACUAUAUGACAAAUUUGGACCGUAUCGCGGCCCCAGACUACAUCCCCACAGCGCAGGACGUGUUGCGAGUCCGAUUCCCCACCACAGGCAUCAACGAUUACGCCUUCAGCGUGGAGAAGAUCACCCUCAGGAUUGUAGAUGUUGGUGGGCAGAAGUCAGAAAGGCGGAAGUGGAUCCAUUGCUUUGAAAAUGUGACAUCGCUCAUAUUUUUAGCCUCCCUCAGCGAGUAUGACCAGGUGCUGGAGGAGAAUAACAUGGAGAACCGCAUGAAAGAGAGCUUGUCGCUCUUCUACACCACCAUCCACUCGCCGUGGUUCGCCAGCGCCUCCAUCAUCCUCUUCCUAAACAAGAUGGACAUCCUGGAGGAAAAGAUCAAGACGUCAGACUUAAAAACUUACUUCUCAGGCUUUGGAGGCAAACAGCGGGAUGCGCAAGACGCCAAGACCUACAUCAGAGAGAUGUAUAAACAGAAGGCUGUGAAUACUGAGUCAAAGGAGUGCAAAAACAUCUACCCUCACUUCACCUGUGCAACGGACACCAAUAACAUCCGGAUGGUUUUCAGUGACGUAAAAGACACUGUCCUGAUCAAGUCUCUGCAGGAAUACGGAGUGCUCUGAGCAGCCCAUGAAGCAGCAGUUUUCGCCAGUCUAAUAAAAUUAAUUUGGAGGGAUACACAAAUGAUGGCUUGAAUUAUUUUUCCUUGUGCAGCCUCUAUGCUCUUCUUUGUCUUUUCUUUGUCUUUGCUUCAUCUAUUCUUAUAUGCCAACUUCUGUUUUGUUAUUUUGGGGGGAAAAAGAUUCUUGUAGAUUCUUGACACUUUCCACUCGUUCCAAAACUGACAGUCACCUGCUUAAAGUGACAUCACUCUGAAAGUAUGAGGAAGUGGUCAUGUACAUCUAUAGAGCUGAAAGAUUUUCGGCAAGUUCUGGUUUCGAGGGGGAGGCGAGAAGAAUUCAUCAGUGUAGCUGCCAGCGAGACUGACCUGAGACAUACAAAGAUCUGAUAUUUGACUUUACUGAUUACUUAAAUAGAGCAAGAGGGUAGAGAGUCACUGCACUGCUUUCUUUCAAAAAGGACCUAAAAGAAUAUAAUAUUUCCUUUAUGUAACAUGAUCUACUAUUUUUAUCACACAAGCAAAAGCCAAAUGUAAGCUGGGGUCUUAAAUUGGAAAUGUUUCUAUUUUGCUUAUUUUCGUAAUCUAAAACAACAUUUUUAUUACAAAUUAUAUUAUUUUAGAGCAAUAUAAUCUCUCAAAAUGGAGCUUAUGUUGUUACUUUCCUGUUAUACACAUUUAAGUUGUUAUAAAAUGUGUGAAUUUGUUUAUAUAGAUUACACUUUAUUUUAAGGUGUUGUUGUUACAGUGUAAUUAUAUAUUUAAGUACUGCAUAAUAAUAAUUGAACUUAUAGAGUUUGGUUUAGGGUAAGUUGCAUGUAAAUCUGCAUAAUUUAUUGUUAUUACUACAGUAAGUACAUGUAAGAAGGACUCUAAAAUAAAGUUUUACUGUAUGAUGUAUAUAAAAGUAUAGUUCGGCUGAAAGUUCUGGUGGUCUAUUUGUUGUGUAUAAACAAGUAUAAUAAUAUCUGCACUGGAAUAUAUAUUUAUUUAGUAUUAAUACAUGCAAAAUGCUUAAAUUGUCUUUUAAGCAUUUAAAUGAAUCCAAUCAGUCCAUCUGCUGUCAUUAAAAUUAGAAAUCAUUUCUAAUAUUAGUGUGUUGACUGAGAAUCAAUCGGGAAAGAUGAAUUUUGUUUCGCAAUAAUAUGUUUAUAAUUAAUGAGAAAUAAAAGAAAAAAUAUCA